CAAAUGGAACCUUGUACCAUCGAGCCUGUCUUCUCCGAAUGGAAGAGGGAAAAAGAAGAGUAUGUGUUACUGGUGGUACUGGCUUUAUUGGUUCUUGGAUCAUCAAGAGACUUCUUGAGGAUGGUUACUCUGUUAAUACGACCGUUAGAUCUCACGCAGAACACAUGAAAGAUGUGAGCUUCCUCGCAAAUUUACCAGGAGCAUCUCAGAGGCUACAAAUUCUGAACGCAGACUUAAGCUACCCAGAAAGUUUCAAGGAAGCCAUUGAAGGGUGCAUGGGAGUAUUCCAUGUGGCUACUCCAUUUGAUUUUGAGGAAAAGGAAACUGAGGAGAUUGUGACCAAGCGAUCCAUUGAUGGGGCAUUGGGAAUUCUGAAAGCAUGUCUCACUUCAAAAACUGUGAAAAGAGUUGUUUACACUUCUAGUGCCGCUGCUGUUUCUGCAACUUGCAAAGAAGAUGAAGUGAGGGACGAAAGCUCAUGGAGCGACGUGGAUUCACUUAGAACUUUGAAGAUAUUUGGAUGGUCUUAUGCAAUUUCUAAGACCUUAACUGAGAAAGCAGUGCUUGAAUUUGGAGAACAAAAUGGAUUAGAUGUUGUGACUUUGAUUCCUACUAUUGUUAAUGGAUCCUUCAUUUGUCCUAAGCUUCCUGGAUCCGUUGGUUCUUCACUCUACUUUUUAUUAGAUGAGAAGGACCCACUUAGAUAUCUGCAGGCACCUAUGGUGCAUGUAGAUGACGUGGCAAGAGCACAUAUAUUUCUGCUUGAACAUCCCAAUCCGGGGGGAAGAUACGUUUGUUCUUCAUGUCUGGCAUCUAUUGAAAAAGCGCUUGCGAUUGUGUCUGCUAAAUACCCAGAACUUCAAAUGCCAACCAUAGAUUCCUUAAGAGAAAGCACUAGCCUGAAAGUUCCAGAUCUGUCAUCUAAGAAGCUUAUAGAUGCUGGAUACGAGUUCAAGUAUGGACUUGAGGAAAUGUUGGUGGAUGCUAUUGAAUGCUGCAAGGAAAAGGGUUAUUUGUAGAGCUAUAGUAUAAAGUGUUACCACAUUAUCCUAUGAAAGUACGGCAUAUGGAAGGUGUUUUAAUUUGUCUUUGUAGUAGAUAUAUGCAUGUGUGGUUGAAUGUUUGCAUGACAAAUUAUAUAUAUAAACGCUAUGACUGUAUGAAAUGUUGUCUUGACAGAACAUGGGCAAGAUUGGCAUUAGUGAUAGGCUCAAACUGAAGGUUCUUUAAGGAACAAAGUUUCAUUACUAAAAUCUUUUGAAUAAUAUUUACAAGGCUUCAGUUCUGUUAAUUCAAAUCAAAUUCAAAUCUCUUAUUAACCAGCUCAUUAGAGGUUUGUUUAGCUCACCUUUUGUCGAAGUCCUGCGGCAAAAGUGUUGAUUUGGUUUUCUAAUUUAUACAAAGUUUUAGUCUAAUCCCUUAAAUUUUAUAAAGUAUCUUUUUAGUCUGUUACUCCCAACACUCAAUCUCAUAUUAUAACUUUUUGUGCUAAUCAUUG